CAUUCUUCCUCGUCGAACAAAAACGCGGAAACAAAAGAAAUAAUCAGUUUGUCAAAACAAAUAACCGGAGUCGGCAGAAAGUGAGCAUAGUUGUAGCUGACAGCUGUCAGAGUUAACACAGCAGUUCCCCUUACUGUAUCUGGAGGAUCACCCAUGGCUUUAAAAAGAAUAAGGAAGGAGUUGGUGGACUUGCAGAAGGAUCCUCCAGCUUCAUGUUCAGCUGGGCCUGUAGGGGAUGACAUGUUCCACUGGCAAGCCACCAUCACGGGACCGAAUGACAGCCCAUAUCAUGGAGGAGUAUUCUUCCUCUCUGUCCAUUUCCCCACUGACUAUCCCUUUAAACCACCAAAGGUUGCCUUCACAACAAAAAUAUAUCACCCAAACAUAAACAGCAAUGGUAGCAUCUGCCUUGACAUCUUGAGGUCGCAGUGGUCACCUGCACUUACAGUAUCGAAAGUGUUAUUAUCCAUUUGCUCUUUGCUGUGUGACCCAAAUCCGGAUGACCCUCUUGUGCCGGACAUUGCAAACAUCUACAAGUCAGACAGACAAAAGUACAACAAACUAGCCAGAGAAUGGACUCAGACCUACGCGAUGUGACAGCCCUGAGAUUCAACAUCAACGAUGCAUCUCUUGACACCUCAUAAUACAACAGCACUGUUUCGACUUCUCAACCACACUGGUUCUAGUUGAGGUGUUUUAUUCGCUUGAAGCACUUUCUCUACUCAGACUUUACUUGACUUAACUGUUUUUACUGUUUAUUUUAUUUCUCCUGAAAUUGGCAUAACUUUAUUAUUAGUUGUGGUGAAAUGGCCUGAUUGUAAUUUCUUUCUUUUAAAAGAUUUAUCAAGA